AUGGUGGUUUGGGUUCGGUGUUUGUUUCUUUCUCCUCUCCGGCUGCGGGGCCCCGCAAACCGCCGGCUGCAGCAGAGGCGGCAGCAGCUGCUGCAGCAGCAAGCAGAGCAGCAGACCCCAUACCCUAAACCAGCAGCAGCAGCAGCAGCAGCAGCAGCAGCAGGAGCAGCAGCAGCAGCAGGAGAAGCAGGAGAUGUAUAUAGCGGCUCUUCUUCUUUUCUAUGGGAUCCUUUGCUGCAGCAGCACCGCCAUCAGCAGCAGCAGCAACAGCAGCAGCAGCAGCAGCAGCAGCAGCAGCAGCAGCUGCAGCAGCUCAGGGGGCCCCCCAAACGAGUGGGUACUGGGCACUACCUAAACCCUAUGGGGGCCCCCGCAGCAGUUGAGGGAGAGAACGAUGCUUAUUGUUAUUUUAUAAAUAAACAGCAGCAGCAGACAAAGCAACAAAUACUGCGCUCGAUGAUUGCAUACAGAAGAACAGCAGACAAAGCAACAAAUACUGCGCUCGAUGAUUGCAUACAGAAGAAAACAGCAGCAGCAGCAGCAGCAGCAGCAGCAGCAGCAACAGCUGCAGCAGCAGCAGCAGCAGCAGCAGCAGCAGCAGCGGUACGGCGGGGAAAACGAUACCGCAACAGCAGCAGCAGCAGAAGCAGGAGAACCACCGCCACCAUCAGCAGCAGCAUCAUCAGCAGCAGCACCUGCAGCAGCACCUGCAGCAACAGCAGCAGCAGCAGCAGGAGCAGCAGCAGCAGCAGCAGCAGCAGAAAAACCAAGUCUACCUGGUACGGCGGGGAAAACGAUACCGCAACAGCAGCAGCAGCAGAAGCAGGAGAACCACCGCCACCAUCAUCAGCAGCAUCAUCAGCAGCAGCACCUGCAGCAGCACCUGCAGCAGCAGCAGCAGGAGCAGGAGCAGCAGCAGCAGCAGCAGCAGAAAAACCAAGUCUACCGCUGGCGCUUGCUGAGGUGUAUGUGCAGCACGAGCAGCAGCUGCGGGGACUGUCUCCUUCUCCCUAUUCAUUCAGAGAAGCAGCAGCACGCGCCUUUGCUGCUGCUGCUGCUGCUGACGUCAAUGCUCUCUAUCCCUCUCCUAUUCCAUCUACUCCUGCUGCUGCUGCUGCUGCUGCUUCUGCUGCUGCUGCUGCUGCUGAUGCUGCUGGUGGUGGUGCUGCUGCUGGUCCUGGUCCUGGCGGUGGUGCUGCUGCUGCACCCCCAGCAGCAGCAGCAGCAGCAGCAGCAGCAGCAGCAGCAGCAGCAGCAGCAGAAGAUGAUAAACUAGAACGUAUAAUACAGCUGGUGGAAGCUCCCGGUGUCUCGUUGCUGCAGCAGCAAACGCAACAAACCCUCGACCUUCUUAUUGCUGCUGCAGAUCAACAAACAGCAGCAGCAGCACCAGCAGCAGCAGCAGCAGCAGCAACAGCAGCAGAGCUCCCGGUGUCUCGUUGCUGCAGCAGCAAACGCAACAAACCCUCGACCUUCUUAUUGCUGCUGCAGACCAACAAACAGCAGCAGCAGCAGCAGCAGCACCAGCAGCAGCAGCAGCAACAGCAGCAGGAGCUGCAGCAACAACAGCAGCAGGAGCAGCAGAAACGACAGCAGCAGGAGCUGCAGCAACUGCAGCAGAAACUGCAGCAGCAACAGCACCAACACCAGCAGCAGCAACAGCACCAACACCAGCAGCAGCAACAGCAGCAGAAGCAGCAGCAGCAACAGCAGCAACAGCAGCAGCAGCAGCAGCAGCAGCAAAGGGCCCCCUAUAUGCGAGGGGCCAGAGAGCAGCAGCAGCAGCAGAAGCAGCAGAAGCAGCAGCAGCAGCAGCAGCAGCAGCAGCAGAAAAGACACAGCAAAAAGAGGGGGGAGACGAUCCCGAUCCCUCUCUGCGUGUGGGGCGACGGAGAAGUGCUGCUGCUGCUGCAGCAGCAGCAGCAGCAGCAGCAGCAGCAAGAGCAGCAGCAAGAGCAGCAAGAACAGCAGCAGCUGAGGAGGAGAGAGCAGCAGCAGCAGCAGAAGCAGCAGAAGCAGCAGCAGCAGCAGCAGCAGCAGCAGAAGAAACACAGCAAAAAGAGGGGGGAGACGAUCCCGAUGCCUCUCCGCGUGUGGGGCGACGAAGAAGUGCUGCUGCUGCAGCAGCAGCAGCAGCAGCAGCAGCAGCAGCAAGAGCAGCAGCAAGAGCAGCAAGAACAGCAGCAGCUGAGGAGGGUGGGAGAGGCGUGUGUGUCUCUGCUGCUGGAUUCCAAGGGUUUAGUGAUUGACGAGGGUUUUAUAAUAAAAAAAAAAAAAGAAAUAGAGUCCCAGCAGCAGCACCGACAGCAGCAGCAGCAGCACCACCACCCCCAACAGCAGCAGCAGCAGCACCACCACCCCCAACAGCAGCAGCAGCAGCAGCAGCAGCAGCAGCAGCAGCAGCAGCAGCAGCAGCAGCAGCAGCGGGGGGUUUAA